GUUUUCUUUUAGUCACAAAACCCACACACUCUCUCUUCUUGUCUCUAAAGAUUAGAUAUUUUUUAUCUUACCCUCGGCUUCACCACAAGCAACCAAGCUGUCGCUUGUUGGGAGCGCACUGAAGCAAACCCAGAUCCUUAACCCUAAAACUCAAACCCUGAUCCCAUCUACUCUAUUUCUUGCUCCUUAAUUACAUCUUGUCUUAAAGGCUCAAAAAGCUUGUGGCCAGUUGCAGUUUCCUGCUGUUUUUCUGCUUACAGAUGUUGUAACGGUUCAAAUUAGCGGUAUGGGCCGAUGGAUUUUGGCUGAAUAAUGCAGAAUAACGGGAGAAAUAUAGGGGGGAAAGGAAAAGAACAAGGUUAUCUAGAUAAGCUUCUUGCAUCAUCGUCAUCUCUUUUGAAGAAACGUUUCAAAGUUUUGGAUGAAUAGUUGAAUAGCGAGCUUUCAUUUUUAGCUUUUCUUUUUUGGGUGGACUGUAUAUUUCUUGAAUUAUGGAAGUGAGAGGUGAAGAAGACGAUAUUAAGACGCCGGUUCGAGAUGGGAACCAUAACGGUGCUGCUGUUCUUACUUGCACUCAAACCCUAGACCAUGUUCAUGGUCCGCAGAGGCAACAACAAUCGUUCGGCCAUACCGGAAGAUCUCCAGUGUCGCCCGGCGUUGUCAGGUAUCGAGAGUGUCUCAAGAACCACGCUGCCAGCAUCGGCGGGAACGUUUACGACGGGUGCGGCGAGUUCAUGCCUAGCGGAGAAGAAGGAACGCUCGAAGCGUUGAAAUGCGCCGCCUGCGACUGCCACCGCAACUUCCACCUCAAAGAGGUAGAUGGCGAGACCCAACAAUUUGGCGGCAAUCAUCCCGGUCGAAGAAGCUUGAUGCUUAAUCCUCUUCAGUUGCCUCCACCUUUGCCAUCUCCAACCAUGCUGCAUCACCAUCACCAUCAAAAGUACUCGGUUCACACAAGUCCACACAGUGCAAUGAUUGCACCGAUGAACGUAGCGUUCGGCGGAGGGGGUACCGAGUCUUCGAGUGAGGAUCUCAACAUUUACCAGUCGAAUCCCGAGGGAAUGCCGUCGGCUCCCUCUUAUGUUUUGUCUAAGAAGAGAUACAGAACUAAAUUCACGCAGGAACAGAAGGAUAAGAUGUUGGAAUUAGCCGAGAAAAUGGGCUGGAGAAUCAACAAAAAAGACGAAGACGAGGUCGAGAAGUUUUGCGCCGAGCACGGCGUAAAAAGGCAGGUUUUCAAGGUCUGGAUGCAUAACAACAAGAACGUGAAGAAGCCGCCCCAGGAUCAGUAACAUAUCUUCUUCAUAAUGCCAUAUGGAGUAUAUAUGUAUACAAGGGGCCAGCCUAGAAGAUUAAAACCACAAGGUUGAAUUAUUUGUAUAAUUCUUCACUGUAAAAGCCUUGUGGCUAAUUCAGCACUUGUAUUAGUAAUUGUGUUCUUCUUUAAAUUAUAAAGCUAGUCUCUUUCUCAUCA